AUGAGUAAUAAAAUGGAAACUACAAUUUCUCAGCGCGAAAAAUACGAAUUAAUAAACUCAGAAGUGCGUUCCUUUUAUGAGUAUUGCAAAGAAGCAGGAAUAACUGAUGAAGAAAUGGAUAUCAUUUGUCGCCCUUUAACGAACGCUGUUCGUAAGGCAUCGAUCAAGCGAUGGACAAGAGUGUUUCUUGUUCUAGUAAUGAUCAUAGCCAUUGGAUAUACUGUGAGUCAAACAGACACCUUCCAAUGGCACGCUACAGCAUUAGCAAGAAUGACAUUGAUAAAAAUACUACCCAUUUGGGACUGGACACCGCUAUACUAUAAUAAAUGCCUGAUAGAAAGAUCUCGGCCCUCAACUCUCGAUGAUGACCUCGUCACUCCUGCUGAUUGUAUUACUUGUGAAGCUAUAAAAAACAUCGCUCGAGUAUCCGACACCAGCUACAACGAAGUCUUCAACCAUCAUCUUUCACGAGGUGCUCCAGUCAUCGUCACCGAUUCUUACUUGGACUGGUCGUCUCCAGAGCUGAACCUCACAGGCCUAAUCAGUGACGACACACGUCUCCGGUACUCAGUGCCCUGUAGAAUCCUCACCAAUAUCCGGAUUGGCAAGCAACCAAUGGACUUAGAGGAAGUAGUAACUAGAAUCAUCAACUCUGAUAUACCGAGCUGGUUUGUUCAUUUCCAGAAUUGUGAUAUCAGAGCUGUAAAAUCAUUCAGAAUACUAGCUCCCCGUCCAUACUUCUUAUCGCCUCACAUCCCACCGUCACAUUUCAAUUGGCUUUUGCUAUCAAACAAUUAUGAUACCCAUCGGUACAAGUAUCUAGAACUGGAUAUUGGACUGAUAAUUAUGUCUCAAUUGAAGGGCAAAACUUAUGUACAAUUGAGACCAAGACCUCCUUGUGAAGAUGUAUGCUUUUCACUUAAUAUAGAACUAAUUGAAGGGGAAACUUUGGUAUUGAGUAACUCUCUGUGGGAAAUGGAAUAUUUGCCGGGCAAGGGGUAUAACGUAGCAAUGGUCACUGAGACAGAUUGGCUUGAAACAUAA